GGUACCUGCAAACAUCCGGUUUGCAGAAAAAUGGAAAUACAAUUGCAACAAUGUUUUGACACACAGCGUUGACGCACGGAGUCUUGCCAAAUUAUGGAGGCUGGCUGUCUUGUCUCGUCCAGGGAGGACAUUUCUUCGCUGUUUCCUGAGCUAACGCCGGGUACCAAAUACAAAGAUUUAAGCAGCCAGUUUUCCUCCGUCAGACAAGUGAGCGGGGAUGGGAACUGCUUCUACAGAGCCCUCUGCUUCGCACACUUGGAGUCAGUCCUACACAAUGCCAGGGCUUUGCAGAGGUUUAAGGAGAAGAUUAUUCAAACCUGCCAAGACUUGUCUUCUGCGGGAUUUCACGAGAGUUCCUUCAAACACCACCUCAACACAGUCGUAAAUGUAGUUGAGCAGUGCCAGGCUGAUGAGCAAGAAGAAAGGCUGCUCAGGCUCUUCAAUGAACAGAUGACCUCCGACAGCGUGGUGCAGUAUCUCCGGCUGCUCACGUCGGCACACCUGCAAAACCAUGCAGACUUCUUCUGCAACUUUGUGGAGGCACCCAAUCUACAAGCCUACUGUCAACAAGAAGUGGAGGCCAUGGCGAUGGAGUGUGACCAUGUGGACAUCUUAGCUCUUUCACAGGCCCUGGAUAUUUGCAUUCACAUAGUCUCCAUGGAGGGUGAUGAACAGCAGUUGGCUCAUCACAUCAUUCCAGAGGGUGCAGAACCCUCCCUGCACCUCCUCUUCCAAACGUCACAUUAUAACAUUCUCUACCCACGACCUCAACACUGACCAGUGAUCCAGUGGGACUCAACUCAGGAAUAUUGACAUAGGUUGAAAAAAAAAAUCCCAGCUGGGCUUUAAGACACUUGUGAAAACAGAUUUUUAUAAAAUCUUGCAGUGUACAGCGUAUUGAACGACAUCUGGAAAUACAAUUUUUGCACAUUGUGCAAUAAGUAUAUAAAUGAUUUGAAAUGAAUUUAUGUAAACAAACAAUUACAUAAAUCCUGUCAAAGAUGGACUUUUUAAAACACACAUUCCCCAUUAACAUGUCACUGCUGCUGUUUUUUCUUCUGCUUUUUCUGCUGUGGUGGAACCCCUUUCUUUAACUUCUGUUUCUCCUCCUGUAUUGAAAUCCUGGUAAGGGCACUUUCCAUCCCUGCUAGAGGCAUGUGAGGCACGGAGAGCUUUCCCAUUUGAGUGGGAUACUUGGUCUUUGUCACGUUCUUGAAUAUAGGCUGGCAGAUCAAAUGCUUCAAAUGCUUUUUCAUCCCCUUUACUAUCUUCUGCUGCUCUCUGUCACCGUCCUCAUCCUGUGCUCUGCCUGUGGAGAUAGAUUGCAUAUUUAGUUGUCUGUAUUUGAACAUUUUAAAAUAAAGUGAAAACACUACUGGA